AUGGUAAGUGAGCACAUCUUGGGUGCACAUCUUGAGUUUGCAGCCUUCUUCUUUGGCAUGUGGCAAGACCCCAUUGGAAACAAAGGUCAGGAAGAUUGUAGCAUUUAUGAGUGGCAAUCCAAUGGUCCCGUUUUGGUCAUUCCUCUACUGUCUGUGGCAGGUUUUGGAGGAAGACCUCCCUCCAGCUCCUUGGCCGAAGCUAGACAUGAGGUGCUAGACAUGAGGAGCUUGAGGACAUGGGAGGAGAUGCGGCGAAACAACGUGAAGAAGGCUGCAGAAGCUCGGGCAAGAUGGGAAGACGACACCUACGAUGACUUGAUGUCCAGGAUCGACAAGGCAAGAGCUACGAGAACGAAGAUGUAUUCAAAGGAAGGCCUCAAGGACACCAUUGAGGAGGGUAGGCGAAAGCGGCAAAGAUGUUUCGACCAGGCUUUAGAAAGAGAAGCAGCCCUUCUAGCAAGCAUUGAGGAAGCCAACAGGACAGCUGAAGAGCGGCUGCAGGCUCGGAGGGAAGAAAUCGAAGCUGAAUGCGAGCGAAAGGCUGAAGAAUCCAGAGUCAAGUUUCAGGAGAGACAAAUCAGAAUCUACGUACACACGGAGGAGUGGGUGGACAAGAAGCUGCAGGAUCAUGCCAAAUUCAAGGCUCGCUAUGAUAAUUCCAUCCAAGCUGGACAAGACUUCAUGAAAGCUAGAUCCAAAUCAGCUGGAGAUCUCUGCAAGCAGGCCGAGGCUAAAUGGAAGGGGAACUAUGCCCGAAUUUGCGCCCAACGUGAGCAGAACAACUCUGACUUGCUCGCUCGACAAGAAGCUGCCAGACAAAGAUCAGAGGCACGAGCGGCCUUGAAGCUGAAAUGUGCCAAUGACAUCCAUUCCUUCAGAGAGGUGAAAUACAAGACAUGGGGCGAGCUUCAGAAGCGCAGAUGGGAAGAGAUUCAAAGAUCCAGAGAUGCUCAAACUCAAGCCUUGGUUUUCAAAAUUGCAGAAGGGCAAGCCAAGGCCAAAGCCCAAGAGAAAGGCCGAGCGGAGGUGGCGUACCAACGGCAGCGCAUUGGAGCUGACUCGUUGGCACUGAAUGAUCGAGCAAAGGAAGGAUUCAUCAGGAUCAAGGCUGAACCUGAUGAGAGGAAAAUCGUCAAAGUGAUGAGCGAGCUUGGCUUUAGCAUGCCCAAGUUGGCAGACGAGGCUUCAUACUGGCGGCAUCUCAUUGAAGACACUUCUCGGGGCCGCAAGGUGCGUCGACACAUUGAAUACGAAGUCACAUUGCGGGAAGACCCCAAAGUGAUUCUGCCGGAACCAGAUGAGGAGAAUAGAGAGCUGCGAAAGUUCUUGCCUCAGACAGCACGGUUUGAUCAGCUUUGUGGCUGGCUUGCAGCGAGCCAGGUGGAGGGCGCCGCCGUGCUUCCGCUUUCGUCGCUUCGUGCCUUCGGCACCAAGCGAGUGCGGCAGCGGCGGCGAUCACGUGGCCGCAUCUUGCAAAAGAAGGAGACCCACUAUGAGCCGAAACCUGAGGCCCAGCGGUUAGCCGGAUCCAUCGACUGGGAGCGCUACAAGUGUGAUGUCAAGGAGUCGGGUAGCUCCAGUGGAUGGCUCCGGGAGGAGGAUGCCGCUAUCCAAGAGGAGGACGCGGAGAGGAACGCAGAACAAGCCGAGCGAAAUGCUUCGAUGAGAUCCAUGCUGAAACGACGCCGGGAAGCGGAAGCCAAGGACAAAGUACCUGAGGCCGAAGCACCUGAAGCCUUCAUGGCAGUGAAGGCGAAAGCCAUGAGAGCAAAGAUGGUGGAUGAAGGACAACCGCCAUGGUUUGUUCCUCGACCACACAUUGAAAACUCCGUGCUUCGUCUCCAUGAAGAGAUUUUGGACUUCGUGGAUUUCAUGCAGCACACCCGGGAGGAAGUUCAAGCUCGAAAGAAAUGGGUUCAAAGCAUCAAAGAGGACUUCAACUACUCCACAGGCAUUUCAGUGCUGGAAGGCGGCGCCACUUUCUCCAAAGCAGAUCGCUUCCCAGAGAAAGCCAAACGUCAGGACCGUCCAGGUGUGCAGCUUUGCUUGGAGUCUCCACUGUCAACCUCCAUGGAUCUGGGAGCUGCGUGCUUCAGGAUGCCGGUCUUGCGGAACUUGUUCCAUCAUGGCUACCACUGUGUAUGCCACCUCAUGGUGUCAAGGUCUCCAGCUGAAGUCUCCAUGCUGUGCCCCCUGUUGAUCGAUCCAGCGCACCCCGUGAUCACCGACCGCUUCAAGCUUAUGCAAGAGCAGCCGGUGGCCUUCGUGCCCAAACCGAAGACAACGAACGAUGGAGCCGUCAGCCAGAACGGCAUGCUCCCAUCUGAGUUGGAGAGACCUUUGAAGAGGUCGCGCAAGACUGAAGUGCCUCCAGCACCGAGAAUACAAGCCAAUGAGGAUGAAGGCAUUCCAACUUUUGGCUUUCAUGAGGAUGUUUCACAAUGGGAUCUAGAAUAA